GAGAUACGCAAUGUUUAUUAAAUGAGAUUGAAUAGUGUAGUGCACAGUCUGCCAUUUUUCCUUUAUGUUAGUCUCUCUAUUUUAUAUUCUGCUGAUUUUCCUUUUAUUCCAUCUCUAUUAGAAACAUUAUACACUUUCCAUGCGUACGAUGUCUUGCAUUUUUAAAUUGCAUAAUUCGCCGCUAUUGCAUUAUAGCGUCGAAAGAAGGGAGGAAUAGAGCGAGGGAGCGAAUUCGUUUUCACGCUGUACAUUUUCUUCCCCUUACCUUCCAAGACUGCAAUUGUAAAUGCAUAAUUGCAAAGCGUAAUUUUGUAGUAUUUUAUUCCGUGCGGUACCACGAGAAAUUUAAUUAUUAAUGAUUUCGGUCAGUUGCAUAUGAUGCUCUUUUACCACAAAGUUGUAAUCGUUAACAAACUAUUUUGUAGUACGAUUCGAUCAGACGAGCAUAAAGCAUCUGCCGAUAUCUGAUACUUUCUAAAUCGUCAGUAAAGUAAAGUCAGUAAAAUUCUGGCGACUACGAAAAUGACGAAUACAAGCACGAUAUGCUUCUCCAUAAAGUUCGUUCUUCUUGUCUUCGGUAUCUGGCCUGGGGUAUCAUGCGUCAUAUUGCACAGAUUGUUUUGGUCCAGUACGCUAAUCAUCACUCAGAUCUUUCAAUAUGCUUACUUUAUAUUGCACUUUCACACCGACAACCUGUCAGAUUUAAUGGACAAUCUCAGUUGCGCUUUGGCUUAUAGUCUGUUAUUCUUCAAAUUGAUUAUUUUUUGGACCAAUCAGCGAAAAUUUCGUGAUAUUUUGAAGACGAUCGCGGCGGACUGGAAAGAUUGCGCAAGCGAUCCGUUUAGCUUGCACGUGACGACGAGCGCGGCUAAUCUGUCACAUCGCAUUUCGAACAUGAUAAUCGGUCUCCACAUGGCUGCCGUAGUAACUUAUAGCUUUGGCGUACUCUCGUCCAAUGGGGAUGAUAACUUUAAUGCGUCAACUGUUCUCGAUCGUGCACUUAUUUUAAGAAUGGAUUUUCCCUUCGACAGCAACAGUUCGCCUAUAUACGAGAUCGUAAUGGUUAUACAAUUCUUUCAACUGGUAACUCAUGCGUGUGCGAUUGACGUGCUAAAUGCUUUAAUCAUAACGUUGAUACUUCAUACAGGUGGUCAAAUCGAUAUCUUACGAGAAUGGUUGACGAACGUUUUUUCCAAAGAAAGUAUGCAUGGUAUGACUGGAAUUACAAUGAAGAAUUUAAUAGGAAAACAUCAGAAGAUUAUCUUAUUUACCGAAAAUAUUGAAAAUCUUUAUUGUUACAUUGCACUAAUGCAAUUUGUGUCAAACACUUUGAUUAUCUGCUCCAUCGGAUUCGUGAUCGUUAUGUCAAUGCACAGUCCAGAUAUGUCCACGAUGUUGGUGAAAACUCUGCUAUUUUAUAUUGUUAUGAAUCUCGAAGCAUUCAUCUUCUGUUUUGCCGGAGACUACUUGAGUACUAAGAGUCAACACAUUGCGGACGCAGCUUACAGAUCCCUUUGGUAUAAUAUGACUGUGAAUGAAAGCCGAACGAUAUCAUUUUUGAUAAUAAGAUCACAAAAACGACUAACAAUUACGAUUGGAAAGAUUAUGGACCUUUCGCUGGAACGUUUUACUAGCGUCAUAAAGGCAUCGGCGUCCUAUAUAUCGGUAUUAAUGGCCAUAUCCUAAAAAAGAAAUUUGCCAUAAUUAGUUAAUAAUUAGUUUUGAGGAAAGUUGUAAUUAAAUAUUUAGAAGUGAAUUUUUAAGUUAUCCGCACAACAAAUUAGUACAACAAA